AUGAAAGAGAUAAAAAAAUAUUGUCAGGGUCACAAUACUUAUCUUAUUUCUACUUCUUCUGGAUUAUUAACCCACCACGAAGCCUUAGCCAAAAAUCUUGGAGGAAUAAUUGAAGUGGAAGUUGAAAGUUUAAACUUUCCUACUAAUAAAGGUAAUAAAACAAUUACGAAAAUAUUUUUUGACGGACAAAAGAAAGAGGAAAUGAAAAAGGUGCUCAAAGAUAAAAAAGCAUUCCAAACUUUCCAAUUGACUUUUAAUAGCGAGAAUGUAAAAGUGGAAGAAAGCGGUAAUAAUUUUGUUGCUUCCAAAGGCAGUGAUAAUAGUGUGAAAAAAUCAGGAGAUAAUAAUUCUAAUUUGUUAAUAGCAGCAGGACCAGUAAACCAAAAUAAUGAGUUAAUUGUGGAUGGAGAAAGAUUAAGAGUGCUUUAUAAUUCUGGUGAUGCCAUAAAAUUAGAAGCAGUAGAAGCCAAAGCUGGUGAGGAUUCCAAAGCUGGUGAGGAUUCCAAAGCUGGUGAGGAUUCCAAAGCUGGUGAGGAUUCCAAAGCUGGUGAGGAUUCCAGCACGCCCAAUCCGACUGACGAACUCAAAAAACCAACUCAGUCUGAGAUUAGCACAGCUAAUGACAAGUUAAAAUCCGCUACCGAAAGUGGUAAUAAAGACGAAUUAGUAAAUACUCUUAAAGAAACCAGAGAAACUACUAAUAACAGUUCCGACGAAGAUUUGAAAAAAAAUAAAGAGGCCGCCGAAAACAAAUUGGGUCAAAUUGAUAAAGCCGCUUUCGCCAAUGUGGUUAAGGAGGAAAUAGCCAGCGAAUUAGAAAAAAAUGUUUUAAACGACGCGGGAGUAAAAAAAUUAGACAAACUAGUUCAAGAGGUUGAAAAUGCUAUAAAAUCAGGCAAUAAAAAGAAAAUUGCCAGCAAAGCCAAAGAAUUACGACAAUUUACAGAAAAUAAUGCUGCUUACGCCAAGUAUGCUUACGACCAGAAAAAAGAUAAGGUUCAAAAAUUAUUAGCCAAAGCCAAAAAGCAGUCAGACCAAACCAAUGAAAAAGAUGGAUUUUUCCGUCCUAAUAAUCCAGUAAUGUGGUUGUCAGGAGUGGCAGUAGUAUUCGUGGUAGUAUUAAUUUUUCGAAUUUUCCUCCCUCGUUUUAGAGAAUAA